UCCGACCACGACCACCUCUCCCUACCUAGCCGACGACAUCAUGUCCUCAGCGUCUUCCGCCGUCGGCUCUAUCGACGACUUCAUGGCCCAGCACCAGCAGAAAGAGCGAGAAGAGUCCUCUGCGACUCAGUCUAUGGACGGUAACACCCUCGACCCGUCUAACCCUCUCAACUUCCUCCUCCAAUCCGUCGGCACAUUUUCCAACACCGAUUCUUCGUCUUCGUCGUUUGGUGGAGAAGACUCAUCAUCAUCGUUUGGCGGUGCGAGCCCCGCACCCGACUGGUCACAGUUCACGAACCUAUGGCCACAAGAUCCCUCAGCUCCCUCUGCCGGCGUCUCAGACUUAAAGUUCGACCCUUCAUCUAUGGACUUUGACUUCUCUCUGCCCAUGGAACUUGACUUCAACUCCUCCAUGGCCAUCGAGCCUUCUGCGCUUCACUUCGACAGCACAAAGAUAUUACCGUCAAGUGACUCUACCACGAAUAUCUUCGCCCCACAUCAUAUCCCACGGCACUCGCAGUCUUCGGGCGACGAUCUUAGCAGCAUGUCCUUCUCCGAAGAUAUGAUGUUCACGCAGUUUAUGGACGGAAUGCUUCACCCGUCAUCUGCUAACACACAUCCACUCGGAGAGAGGCGCAUGAGCAUCACUUCCUCCUCAUCGAGCUCCGGCGCUUCGCUCUCUCCCAUAUUGGACCACAGCGCUGCCGUCCAGCCGAGCUCCAAUACCAAUAACUCAAUGGAGGACUCUCCACCGCAAAACGACCCCUUCAGUGAAGUGUUCGAUGCGAUGAUGAAUUCGGCAGUGGGCGAGGAACAGUUGGAGCAGAAAGUCGAUGAGACACUCGACCCUGCGGACGAGUUGGCGCAGAGAGUUAGGCAGACCGCUGGUGUUACGCUUGCUGUCCCUGUCGCAGGACAGGGCCAAUCCGUCCAGUCGUUCGGAGGCUCGACUUCCCCCAAACUCCCCAUCCCUCGAAACCCCUCAAACACAACCCUUCAAACAAUCUACCCCCAACCUCACACCUCCACCUCCAACACAUCCUCCAUCAGCGGCUCCCCGUCCCCACCCACCUCAGCCAACACCUCUCCUUCCGCGGCCUCCUCACCAAACUCAACGUCAAACCUCGUCUCUCUUCCCCCUUCUGAUCCCUCUUCCGCUAACGCCGCUCUCGCCCCCACGUCUACUUUGUCCGGUACAAGCGCUACUGCCAGUGCGGCAGCACCGGGCACGACGACGGUCAUAGGUGGCCGUCCGAAAACGAGCCAUACGACCAUCGAACGUCGAUAUCGCACUAAUCUUAAUGCACGGAUUAUAUCGUUGAAGAACGCCGUGCCCGCGCUGAGGGUUUUGGAUCAGAAGAAGAAUAAGGACAAGUCCUCGGAUCUUAUUGAGGAUGGGCUGGAGGGUGGCGAGGAGGUGAAGGAGAAGGAUGUGGUGGAUGAGAGGGGCAUCGUGGAUGGGGUGAAGGUCGCGAGGAAGAUCAGUAAGGCGAAUGUGCUGGGGAAGGCGACGGAGUAUAUUCGUGUCCUGAAACGUCGUGAGCAACGUCUCAAGCAUGAACAACAAGGUCUCCGCUCGCUCAUCUCCGGACUCGUCGGAGGUCCCGCUCUCCUGAAGGAAUGGGAGCGCGAAUGGACCGCCAAGUUCGGCGGACCAGAGCGUGACGAGCUCGAAUACGAGAACGCGAACGGACGUGGAGGUAUGAGUGACGAUGACGAUGAUGGGGACAGCGAUGAUGGGGAUGAAGAAGAGAAAACGAGGGCGAGGAAGAAGCCGAAGGUCGUGAAAGAGAAGAAGGAGACGGUGAAGAAGGAGAAAGUCGGGAAGGAUAAGGUGCCGACGACGUCGACAGCGACGGGAACGGGACAGCAGCCGGAGAAGAGGAAGAGGGGAAGGCCGAAGAAGAAUGUGGCGCCGGCGGUGGUGCAGAGCGAGUCGUUUGUGGCUCAGCAGCAACAGCAGAUCGUGUUUGAAAGUGGGACGGGGAACGUCGUCGUACCGCCUCAGGCUCAAGCACCGCAACAACCUCAGCAACCACAAUACCUCCUCGCCGUCUUUGCGUUCUUCUCGUUCUUCAGCUCUCCCCUCACUUCGUCGACUUCAUCCGCCUCGACACAUCACACGCAUUCUGGCGUAGUUCUCAACUCGCCGUUCCCUGCGUCAGCCGUGCACAUCCCUUCUCCGUCCUCGUCGACAGGGUCAGGCCUUGGAUUCGGAUGGCAAGAAUUCGUCCAGGUCUUCCAUCUCCUCGUCUCCGCCCUCGUAUUUUUCUCCAUCGUCUUGCCCUGGCUGCCCAGUUCAAUCCGGCGCUUCACCAAGUUCUUACCAUUCGGACCCGUUGUCCAUCAAGGCAAUGCGGACGCCACACUUCCCACGCCACCUCCCUCUCCCACUUCCUCCACCUCCUCCGUAUCGGAGUCAGAGUCGACGUCCGAAGCAGUCAAACGUCCCCGCUCCCUCUCGUUCCCUGGUACCGAUACUUUCAACCGCCUCGCGUUCAUCGACGCUCUCUCGCUCUCUUCUCGCGCUUCUCCUUCAGCAGCCGACGAAGCUUCCCGUCUGCGCGAGGCUCUUGGUAUCAAGGAGGGCCUUCUGGGCUUGGUGGGCGCGUUGGGUGGGGGUGCGAUGGGAAAGAUUGUUCGUGCGGUGAGUGGUGGGGGUUUGAGUGGUAAAGCGGGUAGGGGGAGGGGCAUCGAGAGGAUGCAGUUGGAGCAGAGGGCGUGGGUUCGGUUGGGCGAGUUGGUCGCGCUGGAACCCAAUACCCCAUUCGCCACCCGUCUCCUCAUCUACUACGGCAUGACGACCCAUACCUCCGCCUUCGCCGCUUCGACAAACGAUCUCAUUACACUCGCCCUCAUCGCCUACCCACUCUCUAAAUCUCGAGCUCACAGUCUGUGGAACAAGGCCGCUUCCCGUGCGAAGGCGAAGAAUAUCGUCGCUACUGCUGCUACCAGCAUCAGAGCUUAUGAGAGGUUGGUCGUGGAGAAUAUGGGGAUCGAGGAGGCGAGGGAGAGGAUCGCGGGAUUGAGAGUCGGACCUGCGACCUCGAACUCGAGUGUGUCGAAGGAUAUGAACAAGGAUAGGAUGAAGUUGGACAACGAGUUCGACGCUGUUCUCGGUGCGGACGGCGAUGCUGGUGGUGAUGGAGAUGCGGAUGGGAACAAGGGACAAGAGUGCCGGUUCCCCGAUUUCGAGAAAUAUUCGCCGUUAUCCGUCCUCGCUACGCUUCUCAUCCGGGAACGCGUUCGCAAACACGCAGCGCUCCUGUUCGUGCGUUCCGUCCCUGGUGCGCUCGAGCAGCAGAGACAGCAGGAGGAUGCGCCGGUGAUUUAUGAUCCGAAGAAGGAGAUUCUGGAGGAGAGGGAGUUGAAGGAGUGUGUGGAGGCUGGGGUCGAGCUUGGAGGGAGGGCGAAGGAGCUUUGUGUCUUGCUUGAGAAGAUCGGGCAGCCGAGUUUCGUGAGGCAUGAGGAGGUUUUGACGUUUGACUCAAGCUCCUCGUCGUCUUCGUCUGGUAAUGGGCCAUUGGAUGUCGACGUCGAAGAAGCGGAACUCAGGACGCUCAUGAGCGCCAUCGUUCUCUAUCGCCGUUUAUUCCCCUCCGCCGUCCUUUCGUCGUCAUCUGCCGGGCACGGUGUCAGCGUAAUGCUUUCGCCACCGCCUUCGCCAUCGAAGAGGAACGCAAAGUUGAGGACUGCGCUGAGAGUGGCGUUGGACUCGGAGGUGUUUGAUGGGAUCGGGUUGGCUGGUGUCGAGGGUGCAGCAGCGAGUAUGAGGUGUGGGUCGGCGAGUGCUGGCGGAGGUGCGGCACUUGGGCUGAGUGGUGAGUUGGAUGAGGCGAGAGAUAGAGUUGUGGAUAUGCUUAUGGAGGUACAGGGGCAGGGGAGGAGUGGCUCGAGGAGGGUAUGAGGUCUUAUUCACCCUGACUGUGUGGCGUGUGGCAGGGCUAGAAGCUCACAAACAAUGUGGACCUUGGUAAAUAUAUUUCUUGUCAUGCGUGUUGCUGUCACCUAAUUGUUUAAAUACGGUAUACCGGCUGUCAUACCAUAUAGUUUUCCUUCUUGAUUUCGCUCUUAUGUUCUGGUUUUCGGCUCUUGAGCUCGCUGUCCGUGUCCGUUGAGUUUCCUCUCUGAUUCCCGUAUCUAUGAAUGUAUUUACUUGGACUUUAUGGUACAGACAAUAGGAAGCUCACAAUCUC